GCAUCAGUGUCGCCAAGUUUCCUCCUGAGAUGGAAGCGUGGACCAACAGAUGCGAGUGGCUACUGCGAGACUUUGUUUGCAACAGUAGGGCUACCAAGGAAUCUUUGCGUGACAUGUUUAGAGUCGGCAAUGGCGACUCCACUCAGCCAGUGGUCACUCAUUGGUGCUUGACCUCCAAAGGGCCUGGACAAGGCCCAUGUUGCAACAGCGACGAGGAAGCGCUCAUGAAGUUCCUGUCUCACGCCGUGCAUUUUUUUGGACGAGGUUAUGAAACACCACUACUAUACAGGCUCAAGCACUUUGGCCCUGCAUCGAGCUUCACUAAAACAGGGUGUUGCUACUUCAAUUUGUUGCCACAAAUAUUGAAGGAGAUGGACGUGACAACCCCGCCAUCCGGGUUUGAGAAUGCAUCAUUUGUGGAUGCUUUACUAUCUGAUAAUGUGGGAGAUGGAGACUUGCAGCACCUUUUGGCAGAAGCCAUGGACAGUGACAAAAACUUUGCUGCUCAGAACGGGCUCCGAAGAAAGAUGGUCACGGAGCACCUCAACCGCCCGGAGUUUUUCAAGUCGAGCAUGAUCAUAGACGCUGUCAUUGGUCCCAUGGAGUAUGGGAUAAACUUUUUAAUGGGGCAUACCAAGAUCUUGCAUGACCUGGCUUACUUUGGCCGCUGCCAUCCGAAAUGCGCAGAGUUGCAGGUGCAAUCGAGAAGCAAAUUCAUGAGAGUGAUUUCUGGAAAGCUUGGGGAGGAUCUGAUCAAACGAUAUGUGAGGUUCCUUGAGGUAGGACUCCUUGAGGCCAUAGAGAUGGGCCUAAGUCCUACGAAGUCACAGCUUUCAACCAUCUUCAAUGUGGUUUUGGUGACCAUGGCCGACCUUGAGAGACGGUUCAGGCAAGCUUUCCAAGUGCCUCCGUUUACUCUUUUCAAGCUGUGCGACAUUUGCGAGACCAAUGACUUUGUGCAAGCUUUCUCUGCUUUGGAAGCAAAGUUCAGAGCGUGUCCGGCUUGCUUUGAUUUUGAAUUCAGUGGUGGGUUGAUUCCGCACUUCUCAUGCUUGGAGGACAAGAGUCUUGAAGAUCAAGGCGCGGCAAUGCAGGAGGUCCAGAUGAUUCUGGAGGACGUGGCCACAUGGAGCCCCCGUGACCUCUGA